AUGGGCGUAUACCCAAGCAUCUUUCAAGCGGAAGUCUAUGCCAUAAGUCUGUGUGCAGAGAUUAACCUGCGUAGGAACUAUCGUAAUGAAAGUAUUUUGAUCAUGAGCGACAGCCAGGCAGCACUCAAGGCCCUAUUAUCAUUUGAGGUCAAAUCCUCUCUGGCUCUGGAGUGUAUUCAUAAGCUCAACGCCCUGGCGGAGUACAACGACAUCCAAUUAACUUGGGUGCCAGGCCAUGUAGGAGUUGUCGGCAAUGAGGAAGCGGACCAACUAGCUAGGAAGGCAGCCGCCUCGUUGCCUAUAGGGCCUGAGCCCUUCAUAGCGAUUGGACCUAGUACAAUCAAGGAAGAGCUCAGAAAGGAGAGGAACACA